UCCAUUAGUAGUUUUGUCUUAGGAAAGGACGCCGUUGCCAAGGCGAUCAUUCGAAGCCUCCUCGAUGUAAACAAAUCGAGCUGCUGCAAAAGGUCGGAGGUCUCGCUGGGAGGAGCAUCUCACGGGAAACCUAGGAGCAUUCAUGGCCUCUCCAAGCACUGACACAGAUGUGGGCCCACCAACAGAGGAGGAGCUGCCCCAGGCUGGAGGAAGGGCACCAGGUGAGGAGGCCUCUGAGCAGGAGGACCCGAUGGAGGAGGGCAAGGGUGGCUCACCAGGUGCUGGCUUGCAGGCCAAGAGACCUCAUGCCACAGUGAAAGAGAGGACAGUGGAAGUAAGAGAGACGUGGAGUGAGAAUGUUCAUGGCCUGGACAACCUAACUUUGGCUAUCAACAGCCUGGAUGAUCAUGUCCAGGCUGGACUACAAGAAGUUCGAAACUGUGUAGGCAUCUUGCGCCAUGAGAAGAAUGAGCUUCUCAAACAGGUGAGGUCUCUUUCUGAGGUGGUGCGGGAAACCUCCAUCCAAAGAGACAGAUAUAAGGAGGCUACAGUACAGUUGCAACAGGAAGUUGCCAACCUGAGGAAGCAGCUGGAGGCACAGAAGAAGGACAAGGAUAUGUUAUCAAGGAGGAUGCAGGAGCUGGAGGAUCAGGAUGAGCAACACUUGGAGAAUAUUGCCCGGACCAUGCGGAGUAAGCGGCUGGCACACAGCACACUGGUGAAGUGGAGGAAAAAGGUCCAUGAAAGGAGCGGCAGUAAAGCUCUCCAGCUGCAGGUCCUGGAGGAGGAAAACAGUAGGCUGCGUUCUGAGCUGCUGCUGUGUCAGGAGGCAGCCAAGCAGGCCUUCCUUCGCAGUGCCAACGCCCUCAACUCAGAGGCCAUCACCAUGUUCCAAGAUGCAGCAACUCGUCGCUUGGGUGGGGAUGAGGAAGAUGAUGGGGAGAGACCACCCUCACCUGAAUCCUCCUCCACCUCCUCCUCUUCUUCCUCAGCCCAUCCACAUAAUACUCAGGAUAAAGACAGCUUUGCAGGAGGAGGAGGAGGAGGAAACAAGGAAAAUGUUGCAAGUAAAGGUGACAGAGACAGAGGAGAAAGAGUGCAUGAAGGGUGGCACAGAGAGGAGGAUAAAGUGUGCAGCUCAGACCACUUCCACCAUGCUUCAGGAGUGCCAAAGCAGAGUGACCGCAAUGUCAUAUACUCAUCAACCUUGAGAGGGAACAGUAGGGAUUACCGAGUGAAUCAUACAUGCUCUGUUCCCUCAAGAAUGCACUGGAGGCGAGAGGAGGAAGAUGAAUAUGAGGAAGCCAUUGAUUCUGGGAGCUUUAGUCACUUUGUUAGGAAACCUUCAAGGAGCAGGACUGGCCAUCAGGAACCCCACUUCAGGGCACCUUCUCCACCACCAGGGGGCGAGGCAAGUGGUGGUGGUGCAGUCCCCAAACCAAGGCUUGCAAGAUCUGAUUUCAUCCCAGACACUUUGCAGCAGGAGGCACGUGCACGCCUGCAGCAGCUACAGAGGCAGCAGUACUUGAGGCCAGAGCUGUCAGCCUCAAGUUUUGAGCCUCAGCGUAAAACAAAAAGAGUGAUGUCAAGUGGGAGCUCCAAGAAAUCAUGCAGCUGUAGACUUCUUAAUCUUUCAGCGCCUUACAAGUGCCCAUAUUGCACUCCAAUUCAUAAUUCUGAUUUUGGACAUUAUAAAGCUACUAAGAAAUCAGUGAGUAAAGCAGCCAAAGACAAGGGUGGUGUCUCAAAUGUUGUAAACAGCACUACAACGAAGAUUGACAAUAAGGGUGCAGAUAAGAAGGUGAUAUAUAACCCUAAUGCAUGUACUGUUUUAAUUGAAAAACAUAUAAAUAAAUAAGUGACUGUGUCUUAAAAUAUUAAAACACAUUUAUGUAAUGAGGGUUUCUCUAUUUUGACACCAAAUGCUUUUUUAAAAAAAAGGUGCCUCAUUUUUUAUUGUUUUGAUUAGACAUUGAUUAGAUUUUUCAUACCCUGAGAGGAUGCAAUCUUGAUUUUGUAUUGCAUGAAUUAUUCUAAGUCCAGAGUGAAGUCAUAGUCAGAAACAUAACAUUCUGGACUUGCCUCUUGUAUGUUGAGCAUCUUCCCUCACCUUGUAUCCUCGGAUCUGCUGACAGUCUUAUAGAACCUGACAGUAGAUAGAUUCCCGACAGACCAGAGGACAAGACUGAGGGAAAACUGAUACAGAAAUAGAGUGCAGUAAGUAAUUCAACUUCUGACCAUGUCUACACUAAUGUGACAAUGCCCUCUUCACCCUCCCCCUCACUAGUGCCAAGGAUGGGGCUUUGAGGGGUGCCUGGUGCCCUCCCUGGCCAUAUUGUCCCAUGUGGGCUGGCAAUGUAUUCUGUGAAGUGAAGUGAUUGGGUGACAAUGUCUGCAGGAAGCUGCCUGCCGUGCUGAGGGAUGGGAUUGUGUAAUAAGCAGGAUGUCACUUGGAGCACUGAGGGGAAGUGGUGACCUUCCUUGUGUGUGUUGUAAUGAUGAAUGUAAUUAGCUACAGGUCCCUGAUAUUGAGGUGAUUAAAGAAAAUUAUCAGUAAU